AUGUCGGUCCGCAUCCAACUGGAUGAUCCCCACGCCUUCUACACGAACCUUGACUUCAUCAGCGGCAGAAUAAUUCUCUCACUCACCAGCGAUGAGAAUGUGUCCGCGAUACUUGUUAAGCUGGAGGGGGAGAGUAGAACUGUCCUGAUGCGGCCAAUGGGGCCACAGGCACAGGCACAGGCACAGCAGCAACUCUAUGGGCGGCAAAACCAGCGGAAUGGGAUAGCUAUGGAGAACCACAAGAUCCUCUACAAGGUCAAUCAGGUGUUUCCCAGCCGGGAUUCGGGUGGCUUGGGUGGAGCAUAUACUUUGCGAGCGGGACAACACGAAUACCCUUUCCGAUUCAAGAUCCCGUUCAACAAUGGCUGUUCAGAUCCGCAUUCGCAGCAGAUGGGACCCGGGAGUGGCUUCGCGGGAUUUGGAUUAGCUGGAUUACAACAAUUACAAUACAGACAUGUCAAGAGAACACUGCCCCCAUCUCUCACGGGGUUUCCUGGCGAAGCGGAGAUCAGAUACUACAUCAAGGUCACCGUCCAACGGCCUUCCCUUUUCAAAGAGAACAGGCGAAAUGCGAUUGGAUUCAAGUUCCUCCCGAUCGAACCUCCAAGACCGCCGAAGACCGCAAACGAGGUUUAUGCACGAAGGCCAUACGUUUUCCAAGCUGGUUUGGCGUCAUAUGCGAAGAAGUCGAGUAUGUUCAAAAAGAAACCUGCGCAGUUGUCAGAUAAGGCCCCCAAAGGAGAGAUCGAUGCGCGGUUACCUAGUCCUGCAAUCCUGACGUGCAAUGAGCCACUGCCAUUACGAAUUAUUGCGAGGAGGUUGAACGAUAGUCCCGAACAUGUGUUCUUGAUGUCUUUACAGGUGCAUUUAUCUGGGUCCACGGAAGUCAGAGCUCAAGGUGUGGUGAGAACAGAGACGACUUCGUGGGUGUUAAUGAGUUUGACUGGACUUGCUAUUCCCCUUGGGUCGCCCGACGAAGAGAUCCGGAAAGAGACUAUGGUGGACCCAUCCUUGUGGGAUCGGAUACCUUUGCCUAAUACUGUAGCACCUUCCUUCCAUACCUGCAAUCUUACCAGGAGGUACGAGCUUGAGGUGCGCGUCGGAUUAGGCUUUGGUGUUCCAGGUGAAAUACAGCCUCAAAUUGUCACCUUACCCUUGAAAUUCCAAGUUGAGAUCUUUUCUGGCAUCCAUCCACCUGCAGCCCUUCUCGACGCCAUUGCUUCUCGACCCACCAUUCCCGUUCGGCCGACAGUACAAACGCAGCCACAAGCUUAUGAUCCAGCCUAUCCACCACAAGUAGGGGCUCCUGGAGCACCAGAUCUCGAUGACGCUCCACCAAGUUACGAGGAUGCAAUGGCAGAUGAGAUGAGUCCAGCGGAUGGGCCCAGAAGAGAGUACAGUGGUGUCACUGAUGUCAACGCCCCGAACAUGGACGAGAAAGGGGGCGCAGCUCCGAGUUAUACCAAGCAGGGCUCUUCUGGCGGCGCUGGUGGGGCCAGCAGUGCCAUUGUAUGA